AUAGUUCCUCUCCCCCUCUCUUUUUCUCUCCACUGCAUCCGGACCCUCAGCGGUAAACGAGUGCAGACAGAGAAAAAGAAAGGAGUCCAUGAUGAUGUACCCAAAACUUUACCUACGGCUCUUUACUUUCUUGGCAAUAAUAACUCUACUGGCUCUCUCAGAUGUAUCCAGCCAGAGCACUCUGCACAAAAUUCUGAAGAAGAGAGAAGCGGAGAGUGAGGUGAAGGCAGCUGCGGCUGUGGCAGUUCCUCCCUCUAAGGCCAAGCAGUUCCUGGCUUCUCUCCGAAGGCCUAAGAGGAACCUCUGGGACCGCAGCCGUCCUGAUGUGCAGCAGUGGAUCCAGCAGUUUAUAUACAUGGGGUAUGAUGAGGCGAGACUAGAGACUGACCUGGCGUACUGGAUGGACUAUGCGCGCUCCACAGAUCAAGGACGGCAGCAUCACUAUGAUGAGAACUCUCCCAUGGGUCCUCGCUACGCCACCUCUUACAGGCACGGAGCAAAUGUCAACUAUGACUACUAUUAGCUUUUGUUUCUCCUCAGGAAUGACCUAAUCAAAGCCAAUAAAAUGAAUGCAAUUCUGUGGGCGAGCAAAGCCCUUUAUGAUAAAGAAAUUUCUCCACACUACAGAAUCUUUAGAAUAGAUGGUGCAGUGAGCUGCAAUAUAACUUUUUCCAAAGCAGAAAACACUCAAUCUGCACCCUAUACCACAACGUUAACUAAUAAACAAAUCCUUACAGACGGAUAUGUAGCGUAAUGAAUCUUAUGUUGUAACCAACAUGAUUUGAAUAAUGACGUUUGUCAUGGACGUAACCUUGUGGCACUAACAGCUGCACAGAUGACUUUAUUACAUGCCUGGUUUACUCCCCACGCUGAUUAGAGCCAGAGCAAUCUAAUCAGUAACAUUAUUGAUUAUUAGUCACCUGUAAUAGAGCAAUGUAGUUAAUUAAUAGCUUCAGAGAAAUCAUCUUCCCCUCAAUAAUCAAAAGCAUGCAAGGAUGCAAAACAAUUACUGUAACAAGUAAAAAGUACAUCAUUUUUAUAAAACAUUUUUAUAGUGUAACCUAAAUGAUGACAAGCAAAGCAUACUGAAAAAGUAAAUAAAUCUAGCUCCUCCUCAGAUGCCUGAGGUUUAAAGUCCACAAAACUGCAUUUACUUCCUUUUAUAUAUAUGUUUUCUGCUGUUGUUGCGUGUGCAUGCAUUUCUAUUCAAUGACCACUCAGUAGUCAGUUGAUAUUAUGUACAGCAAAAAACAAGAACUAAUAAACCUGGUUAUCAGCCUUAUGAUCAAUGAA